CGCAGGCCUUGGGGAGAGUCGUGAGCGAAGAGGGCUGUCCUGCCUUGGCUGAGGACACAAUGAGGUCGCUCUGCUCCAUUUCUGCUGAAGCCCUGGUGUCUCACCCCCGGGGGGCCCAACAGAGCCUGGACAGUGUGGCCCACAAUCUCUACCCACUCUUGUUCAGAGCCAGCUUCCUCCUGGAGCAGGCGGAGGUGACCCGUGCUUUGGUAGGACGAUGGCCGCUAGAGGAGUUCCGGCUGGGCGUGCUGCUGGGGCCCAGUGCCGAGUACCCUGAGGACUUGCGUGACCGGGCCUGCAGGGCCUGCCUAGAGGCCUGUGUGCGUGGCCUUGCAGACUGUGUGCUGCAGGGUGGGAGCCACCGGCGACUGCAGGUGGCCGACCUCACAGGCAUCCGAGAUGUGCAGGUACAGCAGUGCCCCUGCGGAAGGACACUAGGCCGCUGGGGCCGCACCGAGCUGCUGGCUAGGACCUGUUGCGAGCUGCAGGCAGAACCCCAGAGGGCCGCGCAUCCCGUGGAGGUGCUUGCUGACCUCUUUGUCACCAAUGGCAACUUCGAGACAGUGGUGCAGGCCCUGCAGCCAAUAGGCCCAGCCCCGCUGCGGCUGCACUGCCCCUCUUUCCGGGCAGACAGCCUGAGUCCCGGCCAGCUCCUGCGUGUGCUGCGCCUGGCCGGGCCAGGCACCCUGCGCAAGCUCGAGGUGGUGCACAACGUGCGGCUGCAUGCUGGCCACGUACAGCAGCUGCUGACCCAGGUGGGCUUCCCUCAGCUGGCCUCACUCACCCUGCCCACCAAGGCCUUCGAUGCACCCCCUGCCUAUGCCCCAACUCCCGAGGGUGAGGAUCCCCUCCUGGCCUCUAUCGCCUGGGAGCUUGGCCAGAUGACCCAGCUCACAGAGCUGAGCGUGGCCUUCUCCACACUGACUGGAAAGAUCAAGACCCUGCUCAGCCCCCUAAGGACCCCACUGCGAGUGCUGGACCUGGCCAACUGCGCCCUGAACCAUGCGGACAUGGCCUUCUUGGCAAGCUGUGUCCACGCCACCCACCUGGAGGUGCUGGACCUCAGUGGACACAACCUGGUUAACCUGUAUCCUGCAACCUUCUUCAGGCUUCUCAGCCAGGCUGCCCCAACACUGCGGGUUCUCACCCUGGAGGAGUGUGGGAUCUCGGACACACACGUCAGUAUGAUGGCCCUGGGUCUAAGCCACUGCUUCAAGCUCCAGGAGCUCAAGUUUCUGGGGAACCCGUUGUCAGCCCGUGCCCUGCGGCGCCUCUUCGUGGUGCUCUGUGAGCUUCCUAAGCUGCGAAGCAUUGAGUUCCCAGUGCCAAAAGACUGUUACCCCGAAGGCACCUACCCCCAGGAUGAGCCGGCCAUGUCCAAAUUUGACCAGCAGAAGUACAACAUGAUUGCCGAAGAGUUGCGUGCGGUGCUGCUGCGGGCCGACCGGGGGGACAUCCAGGCCUCCACGCCCCUCUCUGGAAGUUUUGACCCAGACAUUCAAGAAACAAGCAACGAGCUUGGUUCUUUCUUGCUGCAAGCUUUCAAAACUGCUCUAGAAAACUUUUCCAGAGCGCUAAAACAAAUGGAGUAGGUCUUCAACCUGUGCCCAUGGCAGGUCUUGCAUCUCUGCCUGCUCAGUGCCCUGGGACCAGGGCUUAGGCCAAGCAUUCAUAACCAGCAGCACCACCAACAAAAGCAUUUCUUAGUUGAGAAGUGUAGGCGUUUCUGUUAGGCGCUAUGGAAGAGGAAGCCAGAAGAUGUGACAUGAGACCCCCUUAGUUAGGAGCAAAACCACAAAGGGGUCCACAGAAGCACCCAGCACAGUGGUGGAAAAGCAAGGCUGGCUGCCCUGACCAUCCUGUGUUCAGGUACCAGGGCAAGAAGCAGGCUGCAGCAGGAGCAGAUAUGACUGCUCCACCGCAGUGAGUGGAGAAGAGGGGAGGGGAGCAGAGCAGAGAGGAAAGGAGGAGAGGGGAGGAGAAAAAAG